UAGAGGUCAGCCACAAUAAAGACUUCCGAGACUUCAAGGAAAAUAUCAAUUCCAGAGCCCACACACCUGGAUUGGACAUGGGAGUCGAACAUAUAGGGAUGUUCUCCCUGGUUAUGUAUUGCAUGAUCAUAGUGGUUGGGACAGUAGGAAAUGGUCUGGUCAUCUAUGUGACCGUCUUCCAGAGGAAGAAAUCUGUCAACUCUGUGUGGUUUCUCAACUUGGCUCUGGCAGACUUCCUCUUCACAGCGUUCCUGGUGUUUACAGCAGUCUCUCUCUCUCAGCAGCACCACUGGCCCUUUGGAGAGUUUAUGUGCAAGCUCAACAACUUUGUGAGCUUAGUCAACAUGUUUGCCAGCGUCUUUUUUCUGACAGCAAUAAGUCUGGAUCGUUGCUUGUCCAUCUGGGUGGUGGUGUGGGCACAAAACAAGCGCACCGUUGGCAAAGCUCAAGUGAUAAGUGCUGUAAUCUGGUUGGCUGCAGGCAUCUGUAGCACACCCUAUGCAUAUUUUCGUACCGUGGAAGUCAGCCAGAAUCAGACAUACUGCAAGUACCCUUCAACUAUGACAAAGAACAAACAUUGGACAUUGUGUAUAUUCCGCUUUGUUAUGGGCUUUCUCAUUCCAUUCCUGGCAAUAUUUUUCUCACAUGUGGCCAUAGGGAUUCGUGCCAGGCGUCUGCAGAGAAUGAGGAAACAAAGACGUCACCGGAUCAUUUUUGCCAUCAUUUUUGCAUUCUUUAUCUGCUGGUUGCCUUUUCAUGUUUUAGGUUUCAUACAAUUAAAAUUCCAUCAUUACUCAGAUAUACAGAACAUUGUUCAAGUCAUAGGUCCUCUAACUGUAAGUCUUGCCUUCAUGAACAGCUGCUUGAACCCCAUCCUCUAUGUUUUCAUGUGUGACGAGUUCCAGAAGAAGCUCAAGCAGUCCAUUUGUUUUGUGAUAGAGAGCACUCUGGCGGAGGACCAUGUCUUAUUGGGAUCCUCUCACUCACACGUUACAGGGACUCCCCAAAGAUGCACUGUGGAGGAAAAACAGGCUGUGACUUCUCCAACCUUCAUAGAGACCAAGCUGGUUUCCACAGAAAUACAAGCGAGUUCUGAGGAAGACUUCAACAAAUAGGAAAAUAGGAACAUCAAAUAAGUUUCUUAGAUGGCCUGUACUUGUGUAGUACUUUACACUACAUUCAGCCAUUCAACCACUCAGACACAUACUUGGACUGACAGGAGCCACAGCUGUUAUGGAGCAGUCUGAACUUUCUUGCCCAAGAACACAACAACUGAGACAGACGCAGCGGGGGUUUGACCCGCUCCUGCCACCAUUGCCAUGAUGUAGAUCUUCUUAACAUUAGCAAAAAUAUUGUUUGAAAACACAGUAGAGAGAAACAAAUUGUGUUGCCAAUUAAAGUUGCAAAUAACUUGUAAAUUAUUAGUUAUAGAGUAAUUGAUAUUCAACAGUCUAAAGUGAAAAUAAUGUCAAACUUACACUUUGAUUUGAGAACAAACUGGCAUUUUCUUGGUUUAUUUUUACUUUUCAUGGCUCUGACAUUUUGUAAUAAAUGUAUAUAAAUGGUUAUAACAGCUGGUUGGUGUCACGGGAGAUGUAUUACUAUAGAAAUAAAAGUGUGUUAAUGAAUCAGUGGUGUUAUCCGUAGAUAUGCAAAUAUGCCCUGCAAAAUUCAUUACUGCUUUAUCUUUUAAUAUUACAUGUACGCUUGAGUGUCUGUUUUAAUAAUAAAUAAA